UCUUCUCACUCACAUCAGAUUACACCAAUUAACGAACAAAACCCCCCAACUGUACUCUGUUUCUUUCUCGCACCACCAGCAGCAGCCAUCGCCGCCGCCACUGCCGCCGCAGCUUUCAAUCUCUUCGACUUUCUCUUCUUGCUAUCACCUCCCAAAGAUAUCAUGCUGCAAUGCAUAGGGUGAACUGAAGCUGAUAUAAAUUGCUGAGUGUACUAUGGACGAAAGAGGUAGGAAACGCAAGCCUUUAUGGGAUGCAGAAGAUGAGAAUCAAAGAAUUUCUUGUUCUGGAAAAGAAUACUAUUCAACUUACGAUGGUGGGUGUAGCAAUAGGUUCUCAUCUUCCAAAGCUGAUAAUAGUUCGUCAAUGCCCAAGGAUCAUGCAGGUUGGCCUUCUUGGGACACACUGGAGGAAAAUACUACUAGAAAGAAGGUUGAGGGCGUUUACAAAAAUGAACAAGAUGAGCUAGAAAUGAGGGAAAGAGUUGUGUCUCCUGGCUUUGACGGAUGGGGCCAUAGAAAGCAUAGCAAUUCCUCUGAUGAUAGUCUGAGCCGGUCUCGCAGGUAUCUGGAAGGAGGUAGAAAUAGGAGCAGAGACAGGGGCAGAAAUAGAAGUCGCAGCCCGAGCUGGAGCAAGGGUAGGGAUCGUAGUGGUGUUAGGAGCAGGACCAUGAGCAGGAGUCGUAGCAGGAGCAGGAACAGGAACAGGAAUAGUGCAAGGGGUCAGACCAGGAGUCGUAGCCCAUUCCACGGGCAUAGACAUGACUUACAGGGGUGGAACGAUAGCAGUGGGUCUGGAAGGUCAUCUCAAACCUGUAGAAAUUUUGCAACAGGGAAUUGCAGGAGAGGAAGUCAAUGCAGAUUCCUUCAUCCUGACAGAAUGGAUAGGGACUACUUAGAAAAUGACUUUGUAGAACGAUCAAGAAGUAGACCAGAUCGUGGACAUGCUUUGGCAUAUGGUGAAGGACGUGGGAGACAAUCUUGGGAUAAAGGUUCUGAUUCAAACCAUCAAGAGGAUGAUUCCUUUCGGAGUAAAAGCAGAGGAACAAUAUGUUGCAAGGAUUUUAUGAGAGGGAAAUGCAAAUGGGGAGCAUCUUGCAGAUUUUCCCACCAUGUUGAUUCUGGUGAUAAUAAUGGUAAGGAUACCAGAAUUGCACUUUUUGAGCGUGAUCGUGAGCACCGAACAAAUGAAAGUAGGAAACCUCUAUGCAAGUAUUUCCUUGCAGGGAAAUGUAAUCGGGAUAACUGUUGGUUUUCUCAUGAUGGUCCAAUAGAUAGCAACCAUGAAAGCAGGCCACGUGAUGCGGGUGGACGGCAGAGCUUGGUUGACAAGAAUGAUCAGUGGAAAGGUGCAACUUGGGAUCAGGUGGAACCAGAAUCGAAACCUGUUGAAGGCAGUAGGUGGAGUGAGACUGUUGUUCCCAAUAGAAAAAUUGCUGACGCUCAACUCGAGAGGAGGGACAAUAAAUGGGCUCAUGAAAGAAGUUUGCGGAGUCCAGAAUUGAAAGAGAAGGCUUCUGAGGGUAAUAAUUACCUUUCAACUCAAGAUUGGAGGGAAGAUAAUGGUGGUGAUGCGGGUGCUAUCAAAUCUGUGGUUGUAGAGAGUUCAUAUGACAGACAAGAAUACCCUCUAAUAUCCAAAGGAAAUCUUGAUCUGGUGUACACAGGUUCUCAUGCACCCAAUAUUACAAAAGAACCUUCUAGCCAGCAUCUUUCUGAGGCAAGUUUGCAUGCUGGACUAGCUGAGAAGUCUGAUAUACUGCAUCGUCCAACUGUUGCUGAAGAUAACAUAGUCAAUGCUUCCAGUUUUGACGGCCUUGGUCAGUUGAAAGACAACAGAAACACUAAUAACCCAGAAUUUAUGCCUGGGCAAAGCCUCAAUCAGAACGUCAUUGGGAAUUUGAGCUUAAAUCGUCCCUUGGUUUCAAAUGAUCAAAGGGACAAUUUGUUCUUUCCACAUCCGUCGAAUGUACGAAAUGUUGACUUGAAUGGUUCUGGUCAAGGCUUGUCCUCUACUUUAAUCAUACAAAACCAUACUGGUAGUCAUCAGAAAGAAGCUGCUAAAACACCAGAGAUUCAAGACUUUGGAGCCCCGCGAUCUUUCUACAAUAAUGCCUCCAAUAACCAAGUCCCUCAAAAUUUGUUAAGUCCGGCUGCAGCAUCUCCUAUGCACAAAUUUGUUGCUGAACAAACACAAACUCAUCUGCAUGCUGCGUUGAACCACUUGACUUCUACAGCAUUAGUGUCUGCUUUGGAAACUGCCAUGCAAAUUCAGCCUAAUACUGAUGUAAGAUCUCCUGUUCAGUUAGAUCCCUUGGAAGAUGGCAGAGGUAAAUUGGGCGAUGUUAAUCAAACCUCUGGUGAAGUUCCCUACUCAUAUGAACAGAAAAAUGGGAUACCUUUUGAAGAAUUUUCUCCAAUGUCUGGUGAUAAUCCACAAUUUGGGAAUACCCUCAUCAGUAAUAUUUCUAAUGUUCAAUGUCAUGAGAGUCCAGAAUCAAAACAGCAGGAGGCACCUGCUGCUUCAGAAGUCAAGGAUAACAAUACAGAAUCUGUUGUAGAAUGCCACAAGGGGCAGGAAGAUCUUCAUAAAGAAAAUGGGGACGAGCAUGUUAAGGUUGGGAAUGGGAACAAUAACAAGGAUGACAAGGACAUGCGCUUAUUCAAGAAUGCCCUUGUAGAUUUUGUUAAGGAGACUUUAAAGCCCACGUGGAAGGAAGGCCGGAUGAGUAGAGAGGUUCACAAGACAAUUGUGAAAAAGGUGGUUGAUAAAGUGACAAGUACGAUGCAAGAUCACAUCCCGAAAACACAAGGCAAAACUGAUCAAUACCUGUCUCAUUCAAAACCCAAAAUUACCAAGCUUGUACAGGCUUAUGUGGAGCGACAUCUCAAGACUGAUUCUUGAAUUACCUUUUCUUAAUUCCCAUUUUGGGGAUUAUUGUACUGACUUGGACAAGUAAAAAAUUCUGACAUUUCUUUUUCUUCAGUUUUCCAGAUUGACAUGCAUUCUCCGCCCCUGACUUUCGUUCCUUGUGCAUUGUGUUUUCUAAGAAGAUAAUAGUGCAAAUAGUCUGCCUUUUAGUUGCUUUA